UUAAAGAGAAACGAUAGCGGAUAAUAAUUCAUUCGUGUUCUUUAAAAGGGACGUCUAAAAAAGUUUUAUCAAUAUUAGAAUAAAUAGGAUUAUGAAAUGUCUCUUCUAGUGAAGGUGGAUAAUUAAUAAAUGGAACUGGUUUACAAAAUUAAUUAUCAACAAAUUCUUUAAACAAAUUAAUACAUAUCCAGUUUUUUGUGUAUUGUAUUUGCAUAUUGUAUUUAUGAUUAACAAUACAAUUUUUUAAUUUUUUUAUUAUUUUCCAGAUGUAAGAAAUAGAGGUAUGCUUAGAUAGAGACUGAAUGAAUUUUUCAAAUUAACAAAUCUUUAUUUUUCCGAGUUCUCUUUUAACAAAGGCUUAAAUUUUUUUAUAGUUUAUACAAUUUUCGUGAAUUCGUCCCACCAAACGGAUAAACUCUUGUAAAUUUUACCUUUUGAAUCAUUUUCAUUUUUUUUUACGGGUUUAGAAUAGAUUUGUGUUUAAAACUAUCGAUAUUUAAUUCAUCAAUUUCAAAUCCUGCAAUACAUUUAAAUUUUAACCAAUCUAUACCCUUAAGGUUUAAUUUAUGAAAAAGAUUAAUAAAGUUUUAAAUAUUACAAUUUGUGUAAAUUUUAAUGAUAAUUGGAAAAUAAUCGCUACCUAUAGUAUCCUGAUAUAAAGUAUAUAUAUAUUCUAUAUAAAGUAUAAACCAGCUGAAAAUUAAUAAUAAGCCCCAAUUAACAAUUAUUGUGUUGGUUCUCAAUUGGCUCAACAGUGACUCAUAGGGGUAGAUUGAAGGCGACCCAACGUACGAUAAAUUUUUUGAAUGAAACUUUUACAAUUAUAUAUAUUGAAUGGUAUAUGCGUACGGCAUUAAGGGUUGUGCUGUUGUAAGGGAUGUAAUUGGUAAUGCAUGACUUUAACAUUGCGCUAAAGUCAUUUAUGAAGAAAUAAACCUUGAUUUCAAUUUUUCAUAUUUUGCCUCGCCGUGAAUGUUCCGAAAUUGAAUAGUUAGGAUCAGUUGGUCUGUGAUCUUGUUUGCAAUUCUUCGAGAUUGUGGGUUUAUCGAUGUUAGGACAAUGAAUAACUAAAUAAUGGCCAACUGCACCACAAUGUUCACAAAUUAUUUCUGAUUUACAAGUUGAUUUCAAGUGUCUAAAUCUAAAACUCUUCAAAUACUGUUUAGGUUUCUCUUUAAAGUCUUCAGUUUUCUAUUUAAUACGAUUCAUAGCAAGUUUCUUAAAAGUGUGUCUUAUAUCGACGGUGAGUAAUAUGGUAGUAGAUUUAACAUAUAUAGUUUUCUUAUCAAUAGUAAUCUUCCUAUUCAAACACCUAGCUGAUAAAAUUUUGACAUUUCUCCCAUAGCUGACAAAACAGAGCUUGAUUGUUAAUCCAACCUAAAUUCACAAUCUUCUUCAUAUUAAUAUCAGUUAGAAUUCUUGUAAUAAUAAUCUUUUUAGAAUAUAAAUGAAAAGAGAAAUAAGAUUUCAAGCCUUUGUCGGUAAAAAUAAAGGAAUCUAGUAAUUUAUUAACAAUUUCUUUGGUUUCCGUUACUAUGGCAAACUUGAAAUUAUUCACAGCGUAAAGUUUAGAGAUUCUGUUAUGAAAAGUUGGUCUCGUUAAUCUACCUAUGGUAAAAGGAAUUAAAUAUUUUUCUUGUUUCUUGAUGAGAAACAUUUAUGAUAGAAGGUGGCAUGUGUGAUCUGUCAAAAUGUUUGAAUCUAAUGUCAUUUUUAGGGAACACAUCUGUGAUAUUGCUUAAUUGUGUAUUAUCUUCGUCGACAUGGACAUAACCUCACCAUCCUUUUGUGUUUUAUCUAAAUUAUUAGACAUUUUCCGUCCCCCUGAUAUUGUCUAUAAUCUUAGAAAUGGCAACUUGUUCCUUAGAAUUGAGCUGAUCUCUAUUAAUUACCUCAGUCUUGCCCUCGAUAAUUCGUCUUGUUAAAAUACCCUUUGGUUUCUAAUUAUCCUUUGGAUCACUGUUACUUUUAGAUGAACUAGAUCAUAAGAAAUUUUGAUUAGUAAUUCUAUUGCAAUCAUAGCAGUUCCUUAACAUAUCUGUCAUACAGAUAGAGAUGACAGAUCACAACACGAGAGCCCCCCCCCUCAAUCAAUCAAUCAAAUAAUAAAUGAUACAGAAAAAAGUAAAGCAAAGACACAGAAAAAGAGUAGAACAGAAUAGAGAGACGAAAACUCAAUUGGGAAUACUACUACUUUUUACUUUACUAAGCAAUAAAAUAAUUCUUUAACAAUAUCAAAUUUGCAGAGCUGAUAUUUUUUUUCUGAUUUGACCGACCGACUUGAAACAAACGAAUCCUUUUCUGUUCUUUUCUCUUUUGUUUCGCACUCGCUCGACACUCGAGGAACAUUCACAGAGACUUUUUUAUCGCCUAUGAUUCUAUACGAAUAAAGUCUCAUGGGAUUUUCUUUAAAAUAAUAGUGCUAAAUAAAGGCGUCGUCCUCCAAAUCAACGUACACGUCGAAGUUUAGUCAAUUUUCAUUGAACCGCUCGUAAAAAGCAAAUCGUAUCGUGACGCCAUCGGAUCUUGAAAAAUGUCUAGUUUACAAAUUACGCUAGUUACGCAUUCUAGUCUGUCGUAACCUUAUACAGAACUUCAUUUACACUCGUAUGUGGUGUGUUACACGCGUAUGUAUAUACGUCUUGAUCAGGCGCAAAUGACGCUGAGAAUCGAAAGUAAAUUCCACCGCAGCCAACGUCUUACCAUUUAACUAUUUUCGAGAGACAUAGAAAGAGAAAAAACUUUCUCUAUUUACGUUUAUUGCAUACACUAAUUGCGAACAUGGUCCGAGUGAUCACACAGGAAACUUACGACGAAGUCGUUCGCGAAAAUAUUGAGGAGUUCUCCAUGGCGCCCGAGGAAGCCAUCAAAGAUGCCAUCAAGCAAUUCAAUGCUCAGGGUGUCGAUUUGUCAAAUAUCAUCAAAGAUCUGUCACUAAACAACACAACGGAUGAUAUUAUCAGUUUUAUAAAAAAACUUUCGGAGUGUGCAAAAACUGCUGAACACCAGCAUGCCUUACCAUUACUGAAUAAAUUAAAAGUAGAGCUAGACAAAGACAUGGCCAGACGAGUUUUUGCUGGAAAAAAUAGAGCUUAUGAGACCCUACUCGAGGUAAUUAAUAGUUGCAAGGACACAUCCUACAUACUCCGUCCAGCUUUGAAAACUAUUACAUCCUUGAUGACUGGAAAUCCUGAUUUGCUGGAUGAGGAUGGCGUUAAUCUUCAAAAGAGCCUACUGGACACUAAUCACAAUGAUCCCCAGACUUUGCAGUUAGUAUUAAAGUGGAUAAGGGAGUGCUGCAUCAAGCAUGAAGUGAAUAGGCAAAAAAUCUUUAGUGCUGGUAUUUUGAACAAUUUAAAAUCAAUCCUCAGUGAAAAAGAUGCAAAAGUUUCUGUAGUAAAGGAAGUCUGUGUGGUUUUACGAGCUUUAACAUUAGAUGACGAUGUGAGACACGAGUAUGGGAAAGCUCAUGAACAUGCUGCCACUAUUGCCAGGGAAACACUCCAUACGAUAACAGAGCUACUUUCUACUUACAAGACUGAUAAAGUUAUAGUUGGAGAAAUAAUGCUAACAGCAGCAUCCUUAAUUGUUAGAAAUGAAUUUUGCCAAGAGUUUGAAGAUGCUGGGGGACUGCAGUUCAUUUUAGACGUUUUUACGAAUUACCCAGAAGAAGAGAAGAUCAACUGGCAAGCAUUAAAAUUGAUUAAAAAUCUAGCUGGGAACGAUGAUGUUAAAGCCCACAUUGUCACAUCUGGAAUAGCACCAUUAAUUAUUUAUGUUAUAAGCAGGUUGAAGACUUCAGAAGCUGUUGUAACUGCGGGAUUAUCGUGUAUAUCGGCGCUAACACUAAGGAGUUCUUCAAAUGCUGGAGUCUUCUACGACUGCGGAGCAGUGUCCGUCAUUAUUGAUGCUAUUAAAACUUAUCCCAACAGUUCAAACGUGAUCCAACAAGCCGCUUGGGCGAUUCGUAACAUGUCCGUACGAAAUCAACAAGAGUCAAAAGAGUUUGUCGCAUUCGGCAUCGAGGAACUACUCAAUAAUGCACUCAAGACUCACGGAACAAAUUUGGAAAACGAUAUCAAAGCAGCUCUAAGAGAUUUGGGUUUACAAGUUAAUUUGAGAGAGCAAUGGACAGGAAAAGGCCGUGCUUUAACGAAUAAAUAACGAAGUAUUUGCUUGCAAUAUCUCAACGAUAAUGAAUUACCAUUGUUAUAACUCUUGCGAAAAUUCAAAUAAUUAAGUUCGUUGAGAAUGAAUGUUACUUUUAAAUUAUUUACUGACCGAUUUUACAAUCUGAUUUU